AUCAGCAUCUACUGUCCUGGGGAUACCCAUACUUCAGAUAUGACUUCUAUUAUAGAUUCCGAGAAUGUGGAGAGAAUGCUGAAAAUGAGAUUCAUCGUUUGCAUGGGUGCUCUUCUGCCAGGAAUCGGUUGCUAUUUUUGCAUCGGCUACACCUACAUCUUCCAGUUCGAUGUGAUCAAGAAUUUCACACAAAGCGAUCAAUGUCCGGACGUUCACUCGAUACUUCCGCCUGUAUCCUAUGCCAUUGGCAUUUGGGAACCACAACGGUAUUUCUGGCUCUUUAUCAUGUUCUUACACUGUCCUCCCAGGAUCUUCUUUCUAAUUCUAUACCGACGAGCUUUCCGAAAUGCAGCUCCUAAAUCGCUGGCGUAUCGACGCGUUAUCUAUUUUUAUACAAAAACCAUGUGGUUGGAACUAGUCGGACUUGUGGCAGUCAGUGUGUUGGACAUAAAAUGUAGCUUCGUGAUCCAUGCGAUAGCCUACUCAGUCUGGAUUAUCUCCUUUAAUUUCAAUAUGCUUUUUAACACUAUUCUUCAUCAUUUUGCUGGCAUUCGUGAGACUUCGCAGAAAGUAAGUUUUGAGAUGUUACUUAUCUCAGAAAGUUGGGACACAAUUUACUCACUAAAAGCCUCUGAAGCAUGGCAAAAGGCUGUUACAUGUGCGCAAAUAGUAUAA